AUGGCAUCUGUUUCGGAACGACUGAAAGCCUUUGAAAGUGUCAAUGGAAACACCAAGGAAGCAAAUGGUGAUUCUCAUUCCUCCAAUAACCCAACUAGGAUGGCGAGAUCCAGACGUACCUCUCCCAAACCCAAGCCCAAGCCCAAAAGCACCCUUGCUGGUACCUAUAGUUCUCGUCGACGAACUAGAAGCAAGGAUAAUCGCAUCGAUUUAUCCGAUGAUGAAAUGGAUAUAGAUCCAAAGCAGCGUUCUCAACAGCAGCAGCAACAACAACAACAAGACGAAGAAAACCAUGAAUUGCAUUCGGAAGCAACCAAACCUUCCUCGUUGGCAGCCAAGGAUAUGGUCGAUUUAGAUCUGGUAGCACAAUCUAUUUCAACCGGGAAACUACAGGCUGAAUCAUCGUCAUCAUCAUCGUCAUCGCUGCCCUUGACAAAAGAUGAACAGAAACGAAAGGCAGAGCAAGACGCGAAAGAAAGAGCUGAUGCUGGAACGACGAAAGAUGCCACCAACUCUGGCAAAACUGGCAAAACUGACCAGACUCACCAACAUUCCAAAUGGGCCAUGAUACGCAGAAUAUGGAAAGAUCCUCUGGCAGAAGAAAAGAAACGACAAGAAGCGUUCAUGUUGCAACAAUUAAAGGAGACAGACAGUACCUUUAGUGAGGAAGAAUACCAGAAUUACAAGCAAACCCAAGACAUGUUCAUCAGUACCAAAAAAGAAGAGGCUGAAUCGGUUCGCACAGAGAAGGAACGCCAAAGGAGCGAGAAAGAUGCCAAAAUGAGAUUACCAUUGUGGGAGAAAAUUGUACAGACCACCCUUAUGGUAUUUGUCAGUUCCGUCGAGGCGGAAAAGCGACAACAAGAACAUAUUGUAAUGACGCACCUUCGUGCCAUGGACUCCAGUGUAGACGAAGAUGAUAUUCGACGUCAAAAGGAAGCACAGGAGCUCUUUAUAGACAUGAAACGAAGGGAGGUUGAAAGGCAGCGCUUUCUGGAAAUGGAAGAAGUAGAGAAGCAGCGACGGGAAGCCAUCUUGGCCGAAAACAUGAGACUUCCGGAUGGAUUGCAGUCCGAAAAUGCCAGCCUCAUGAUACAGAACAGUAUUAUCGAACAAGGGGCCAAGAUUCAAGAGGCUCUACGGUCAUCCCUCUUCCUGGCAAUGAACGCACCUGCCUCGGGCGAGGAAGGUGAACGAGGCGAGGGCGGAGAAGCAGCAGCUGCUGCAGCAGCGAUUCCCCCGCCAAUUCCACUACACAUCCAAAAACAAAUACAGCAGGCAAUAUUGUUGCAACAAGCCAACGACAAUCCCGACAUUGAGAUAGACGAAGAAGCUCUCCGUCACAGUCGAGAGAUCCAAGAGUCCCUCAUCUUUUAUGCUCAAAAGAACCAGCGCAGCAGUUGGUUGGAGUCUUACAUGCCCAAGCGCUCCAGUAUUCCAGAGGAAGUAUCCUUUAAUGAUGAUGAUGGAGCGAGUGUGGGAAGUCGGGUCAGUUGGUUGUCGGGAGGCUUUGGUGGUGGUAGUGUCAGUCGGCCAUCGUGGAGAACUUCCUUUUCCAAACCAGCAGCAGGCAAGGUUGAGGCAUCAUCAUCAUCAUCAUUGUCAGUGUCAUCAUCCAAGGUGGGCAAGAAUAGCCAUGGCAAGAAUGGCAACAAUUGGAAUUUGCGAAGCAGCAUGAACACGAACAAUCCCAAGGUAGGAAGGGAUGAUUGGGCCGAAACCAAUCUCCACUUGGCUGGACAUGCGGAGGAGAGUGAAAACAGUGAUGUCUAA